UUUUUGUCAACAAAGUAAUCUCUAAAUUUCCCCGCAUAAUUCAUUUUAAUUAAUUGAAAAGCAAAAGUAACACAAACGACAAAAAACGAAGGAGCUCUAAUAUAUUGACAAAAAUUAAAAGGAAAAAGAAAAAACAAAAAAAAAAAAACCAAAACAAAAAAAAAAGAAAAAAAAUACUUAAGAAAAGUAUGACUGAAGUCGAGCAACCACCACAGAACGGCAUUGAUUUGUCAGCGGCCGAGGAUGAUGAUAGCAGUAAAGCUCGUCCAGCAGAUAUCGAACAGGAUAUGCGCGAGAUGGAAAGACGUAAACGUGUUGAAGCUAUAAUGAGUUCGAAACUCUUUCGGGAAGAGUUGGAACGUAUUGUGGAUUCGGCACGUGAUGGAGCCACGGGCAUAUUGCAGCAACUAUCCGAUAUUGUAGGCGUACCGGUAUCGCGUGUGGGCAGCAUGUUUAAAGCAUCCAGCUGCAUGAUGCCCAUAAACGAUAUACGGGGCGUUGAAUCUAUGGGCUAUGCUAAAGGAGAAAAGAUAUUGCGUUGCAAAUUGGCUGCGACUUUUCGCCUUUUGGAUUUAUACGGAUGGACGCAGGGUUUAGGUGCUCAGAUCACAGCACGCCUUAAAGUCGAUCAGGAAUAUUUUCUGGUCAAUCCUUAUGGCUUGCUCUAUCAUGAGAUAACUGCCUCGGCCUUGAAUAAAGUUGAUAUGCAAGGUCAUAUUGUGGAACAAGGCACUACCAAUUUUGGUGUCAAUAAAAGUCAAUUCGUCCUCCACUCAGUGGUGCAUGCUGCCCGACCGGACAUACGUUGUGCUAUUUAUAUUGGCUGCAGUCCUGUUGUAGCUAUCUCAUCCAUUAAAGCUGGUCUACUGCCUUUAACUAAGGACGCUUGCGUAUUAGGUGAAGUAACAACGUUUUCUUAUACCGGUUCUCUUUACGAUGAGGAAGAACGCAAUAGAUUGGUCCGCAAUUUGGGUCCCAACUCAAAGGUCAUGCUGUUGACCAAUUAUGGUGCCUUAUGUUGUGGUGAAACCAUUGAAGAAGCAUUCUUCGCUGCCUGUCAUAUAGUCCAGGCUUGUGAAACUCAAUUAAAACUGCUGCCUAUUGGUUUAGAUAAUUUAGUCUUGAUUCCCGAAGAAUCACGUAAAGUUAUUUAUGAACACUCUCGUCGUCCGCCCGAGGAUUUAGAAAAGAAAUUUGCUGCCACUGCCACAGUUAGUGAAACAACUAAAACCGUUGACGAUGAAACAGCGGAGAAGGAAGGUGGAGGCAAUAUUGUCACGAUUACUAAAACCUCAGUGUCUCCGAAAUGGCGUGUGGGUGGUGCCGAAUUUGAGGCUUUAAUGCGUAUGCUAGACAAUGCUGGUUUUCGCACUGGUUACAUAUAUCGCCAUCCAUUGGUCAAAAGUGAACCGCCUAAGCCCAAAAGUGAUGUUGAAUUACCACCGGCGGUAUCAUCCUUAGGUUAUCUGUUAGAGGAAGAGGAACUUUUUCGACAAGGCAUUUGGAAGAAGGGUGAUUUACGUAAAGGCGGCGAUCGCAGUCGUUGGCUAAAUUCGCCGAAUGUCUAUCAAAAAGUGGAGGUCUUGGAGACAGGCACUCCCGACCCCAAGAAGAUUACUAAGUGGGUAGCAGAAGGUUCUCCCACACAUUCAACACCCGUACGUAUUGAGGAUCCUUUGCAAUUUGUGCCUCCUAACACAAAUCCCAAGGAAUUUAAGAGAGUUCAACAACAGAUCAAAGAGAAUCGACGUGCUGAUAAAAUAUCGGCUGGUCCUCAAUCACAUAUACUGGAGGGCGUUACUUGGGAUGAGGCCAAUCGUAUUAAGGAUGCUACCGUUAGUUCGGCCGGUGAUCAUGUAGUGUUGGUAGGUGCUGCUUCUAAGGGUAUAAUACAACGCGGCUAUCAGCAUAACGCUACCGUUUAUAAGGCACCAUACGCCAAGAAUCCUUUUGAUAAUGUAACAGACGAUGAAUUGAACGAAUAUAAACGGACUGUUGAACGUAAAAAGAAAAGUAUUCAUGGUGAAUAUACUGAUACAGAUUUUUCAGAAUCUGAGGCUCUAAGUUCACAGCAAACUUCAGGCGCACAACAACAUAUUAAAGAAACUACCACCACCACAACAACAACAACUGCCGCUGUUAGUCAAUCAGAGCCAGAAGAUGUUUCAGAACAUCAUGUCAUGAGGAUAGAAACCCAACAAGCUCCUAUACCAAGUCAACCUGAGGUAGUUUUGAGUGAUGAAAUCAAAAUCGAAACAAUGCAUCAUUUUCAACACACUCUUGACAUUUUCCACACAUCUGCUAACAAUUAUCUUUCGAAUAGCCUCACGAAAUUAACUCAAAAAUAUUCAUUUCUUUAUAAAACUCAAUGGUCAUCAUCUAUGCAUUUAAUGCAAAAAUCUAUUCAUUUAUUUAUGAUAUAUAAAAUUGAAAUCUAUCCUCACUACACAUAUCCCAUUAUUACGAAGAAGAUAAUGUGCGACGAGUCAAAAGAGACCUUCGACAUGACAAAUGCCGAAAAUUGUUGCGCACAUAGUUCGAAUGCAGAUUUAUGUUCGUCGCCUCCCUAUCGUACUCUAUCGCAUUAUGGCUUCAAUUAUCCGAUUACAUAUAGGCCGUCACUUACAUUACAACCUGUCUGCUUAUUAACACCGAUCGAAUUGCAAAGACAAAAAAUUAUAGCAUUCAUCAAGCGUUUAAAUUUCGUAGACAAUCAGGCUGUAGUGUUGGAUCAUAAAAAGACGGGAGAGAAGAUAAUCGGUAAAUGUAAACCAAUAAAUGAAUCGUUUGAUUUAGAAACUUUACGAAAGACUGGCUCGUUCGUGUCUAUUAAAGAAGUACAGUUAUUUAACAAAUCAGCCGAAGAAAAUGAAAAUUUAAAACGAUCCUCUCACUUUCAAGGAUCACACAAAGGAUCAGAAUUGAAUUCGGAACAUUGUUCUUCUUUACUUUCCAUAAGUGGUACUUAUCGAACAAAUUCUCAAACGCAUUCUAUUAUUGAAAUCGAUCAAGAUGAAACGGAAAACUGCAUUUCUACUGAGCAUUAUUCAAAUGAAAAUCUUCUUUGCAAGCAUUAUUUGACUAAGCAAUCGAGAAAUACUACGAGCAGAAAACCCGUGAAAAAUCUUAAAGGGAGGAAAGGAUCAGAGUCAGAGAUAUUAGGGGACGGAUACCAUAAUCAUGUUCGCAAACCCGAAGCUGAGGCCGAGCCAGAAAUGUUAGAAGACGAGUAUCAUGAUCCUCAUAAACCCGAAGCUGAGCAACGGGUUAAAAAUUUACAUUGCCAUUAUAAAGAGGAUAACGACAACAGCGAAUUAACUAAUAAUAAGCAUAUCACACUCACACUGAAUACGUUGAAACGGCGAGCAAUUGCUUUAAAUAAUAAGAACAAACCAUGUUUAGAACUAAAUAAAAAAACACCGCAGAGGAAUGCCGAAGCUUACACCUCUUGUGUAUCCUCAAAUGAUUCGUCAUCUUCGGCGGCAAUAGAAAUUCACAUAAAUGUUACCGUACGUAAUAGUGAGUGCGUGAAAAGUCUACGAAUUCAUGAGCGAGAAUUUAAAGCAAAAUUGGAAAAAGUGAUUGAUGAUGAAAUUCAUUUAAUUGUACAAGAAUUAGAAAAUCAAGAUCCUGACAAUGAUGCCGAUAAGGAAGAAGAUGAGAAAUCACGUUUAUAUGAAAACACUUUAAAUUUUCCAUCACGACGUUUGUCAGCGCCCGAAUCGAUCAGCGUAUCGGAUCGUAAGGCUAACCCUACUGAAACCGAUCAUCAUAUGCCUCAUAUUUGUGGAAAUUCUUCAAUCUCCUCACCUCUAUGUAUUAAUACGAAGUUUGAUUCUCAGGCAAAUUUAUUUUCUUUGCAUAGUUUACGCUAUCGUCACACCUUAGCUGAGUUAGAACAUGAGUUAGAAACGCUACUUAACGGUAUUAUACAAAAUAUGUGUGAAUGUAAAAAGAAAGUAACACAAAUUUCUGAAGAUAUUCGUACUAGCAGUCUUCAUGUAGGACCUCUAAUGAAAUAUGAUCAACAAAAAUCGUUUGACGUUUUUAAGUAAGAUUUUUAAAUGAAAUUUCAUUUCCCUUCAAUGAUUUUAAGGGGAUUCGCGAAAGGUUUUCAAAAACAAAAAUGAAUUGUUUUUUUUUUUUUAUUUCCUUUAUUUUUAAAUUAAGUAUAGUUUGACUUUUUUUAAAUAUUAAUUUCUUAAAAAAGCUAAGAAUAACAGUUAGGUUUUUUUUCCACCCUUCUCUUUGAUUUGAAAACUAAUAUCAACAAAAACAUAGAAUUGUAAGUUAUUUUCUUUAAAAUUAAUUAUCUUUACAUAGAUAUAAAUGAAGUUUGAUGACAUAUCGCGCGUAGACUUUGUUAAUACAUUUUUUUUUAUUUUUUUAUU